CAAAAAUUAGAAUUAGCAAGCAAAACAAAGCUGCAGGCUGCUGUAUGGCUGGAGUUUUGCUAUCUGUUGUUUACGAAAACACAGGAAAUAUUGGUGACUCGGUGAUCUCAAUAGAUAAAUGAGAUAUAAGGAACGUAAAAAAAUAAUAAAAAAAGAGUGUUAUCAAAAGAGAAGUUAAGACACGAGCUGUGCUGGGAAAUAUUUCCUUUUUUCAAAUAACUGACAUUAUUGAUAAAUGGAUACAAAAUUAGCGACUUACCGAAAUAAAAAACGCAAGAAAGAGAUGAUUGAAUCUGCAAAAAGUAAACUGAAGGAAUUCCUCCUCUUGUGGAAAAGAUUUUUUAUAAAAUCUCCGGAAACAAAAGCCGAGGCCGAGGAUCUUGUAAAACUGCAGCCGCAGGAUUCUGAUGAUCAGGAAAGCAUCCAAUCAGAAGAGAGUAUCGAGGCACCUCCUCCAGAGAAUUCGCUUGUCACCUGGACAAUCUACUUUCUCUAUUUUUUACUCUGGGCCACACUUUACGCCCUAGCUUUGCGAUUAGAAUUCGGCGCCGUAUACUUCAUACUUUCAAGUUUCUAUUUAAUAUGGGCAAACACGAGAUCCGGUCCCAAAAAAGAGGGAGAAAUUAGCGCUUAUUCAGUAUUUAAUCCUGACUGUCAGUCAAUUGAUGGCACGCUCAAAGCCGAACAAUUUGAGAGGGAAAUUAUGUUUGGAGCUGCAAGUCUUCACUGAUUAAAUACUUUAAUUAACAAUUAAUUAAUUACGUGAAUAUGAUAUUUUUUAAAUAAUUUUCUGAACGAUGAUGACUAUAUAAUUGUAAUGUUCUUAACGAUAAUGUUUUGUAGAAAGUACGAAAGAUUCCGUUUUUGUUGAGGUUUUUGAGUGGGUAAUAAAAAUUGUGUGAUAAAAAUAUAAAAACUGUUAAAAAAAUAAAA